AUGGCUUUUAAAUUCGCACUUACCUUCGUCGUCUUCCUCGCUGUGGUCAAUGCUGACGCCAUACUCUCCCACGUAGCGGUAGCUCCCGUUGCCGUAGCCAGGAUUGCCAAUUCCUCUGUGGAUGCGGUGACUACGACCCACCAAAAUGUCGUGCGCUCCUUCGUCGGCACCGGUUCCCAUCAUUCCAAGGCUGUGGAUACUCCCUACUCUAGCGUACGUCAAUCGGAUACACGCAUCAACAACAAGGUCUUUACACCAGCUAUCGCCAAGAGGGUCACUACUUAUGCUGCUCCUGCAGUGGCUACUCCGUUGAUUCCCAAAACUAUCCCCUCGCCCGUCGCUAAGGUUGCUCCAGUUGUGUACUCUCAUGCUGCUCCAGUAGCCCCUUACGGACAUGUAGCAGCUGCUCCAGCUUUUGCUUACUCGCCAGCUGCUGCUGUCGCUCAUGUUGCCUUCGAUGGUUUCGGCACACACUGGGGUUAUUAA